UGACACCCCCCCCCCCCCGAGCCCGUCCGUUGCCACCACCACCACCAUUGCCCACCACCUGGCCGACAUUUUGUACCAUGGAGUUUCAUGAGGAUUCCUGGGAUAUCGAUGAGGGUGCUGAAAGUUCAGAGCACACGUUCCGGGGCGAAAUGCAUUCAAGACCUCCGUCCCACUUAAAAAUGGAGAAAAAAGCUGAGCGUUUUUACGAACGUGAGCCAGAGCAGUUCCGCAAACUGUUCGUUGGAGGGCUUAGCUUUGAGACGACAGAAGAGGGCCUCCGGCAGUACUUUGAGCAAUGGGGAAUCCUCACCGACUGUGUGGUCAUGAAGGACACACAAUCCAAGCGGUCGAGGGGCUUUGGCUUCGUGACCUUUUCGAGCAUGUCAGAGGUUGACGCAGCAAUGUCUGGCCGGCCUCACAAGAUCGAUGGGCGAAUGGUGGAGCCGAAGCGGGCAGUGUCACGAGAGGACUCGAUGCGACCUGGAGCUCACUUGUCUGUUAAGAAGAUCUUUGUUGGUGGAAUCAAAGAUGAUACCGAUGAAGAACAUUUGCGAGAUUACUUUGAAAAGUAUGGGAGGAUUGAGAUUGUUGAAGUUAUGACGGAGAGGGAAUCUGGAAAAAAGAGAGGCUUUGCCUUUGUUACCUUCAAUGACCAUGACCCCGUGGAUAAAAUUGUUGUUCAAAAAUAUCACACCAUCAACGGACACAACUGUGAAAUCAGAAAAGCCCUUCCCAAGCAAGAGUUGCAAAAUUACGGCAGAGGCCGAGGAGGAUUUAACAGAGAUUUUGGUCCUCCUGGUGGAAGGGGCGGUGGUUUUGGUCGGGGAAAUUACGGAGGCGGAGAUUUCAACGGUUGUGAUGGUGGAAACUUUGGCGGCGGAGGAGGUGGUGGAUAUGGUGGGGGCGGUAGAGGCGGUUUUGGCGGCGGUGGCGGCUAUGGCAACCAGGGAGGUGGUGGCUAUGGAGGAGGAGGAGGGGGCUUUGGUGGUGGUGGCGGCGGCGGCUUUGGGAACCAAGGAGGAGGAGGUGGCUAUGGGGGAAACAUGGGUGGUGGAGGCUAUGGCAACCAUGGAGGAGGAGGAGGAGGCGGAAGCUAUGGUGGUGGUGGUGGAGGAAACUACCAAGGAGGUGGUGGUGGUUAUGGUGGACAUGGUGGACAUGGGGGUGGUGGUGGUGGUUAUGGAGGGAGUGGACAUGGGGGUGGUGGUUAUGGGGGUGGAGGACAUGGAGGUGGGGGUGGGGGAGGUGGGUACGGGGGUGGACAUAGUGGUGGACAUGGUGGUGGACAUGGUGGGGGUGGACAUGGUGGGGGUGGUGGUGGACAAGGCGGCGGGGGUGGGCAUGGGGGUGGCAAUUAUGGUGGUGGCGGUGGAGGCAGCGGAUAUGGAGGCGGAGGCAGCGGAUAUGGAGGCGGCGGGAGCUACAGCGGUGGAGGAGGUGGCUAUAACCAGCACGGCGGCGGCGGGGGCGGCGGCGGCGGCGGCAACUACGGUGGUGGUGGCGAUGUAGCAAGUCAGACCAGUACAGGAACAGUCGCUCUUGCAGGUAACUUUGGAGGCGGCGGUGGCGGCGGCAGCAAUUUCAACGACUUUGGCAACUACAGCAGCCAGGGACAUUCGCAUUACGGCCCUUUGAAGGGAGGCCACGGUGGUGAUGGUGGUGGUGGGAGCAGUGGCAGUUACAGUGGCCCCAGGAGCGGUGGCGGUCCCUACGGAGGUGGCUAUGGUUCCUCGGGGAGCGAUGGCGGAGGAUAUAGAAGUGGACGCAACCGAUAUUAGAGCUGCUUCAUUUCCCCCCGAAAGGCAUCCAAUGUACCAUAAAUAAGGGAGGCUGAGCUGACUUGGAAGGACAGCGUCAGGGGUUCUGACAGUCCAGGGAGUGGCAGACAGCGCAUAGAGGCAGGAAAUAAUCCUGCAGUAAGCAAAGUGAGUCAAGACGCAGGACAGGUAGCAAGACUAAAAUCAUGUAUCAUGGCUACAUUUGUGUCUGAAAUUCUCAGAUUUUUCUUUUUUAAAGUCAGGGUUUUGCCACGAUUUGUCUUUUUAUCGAACAAGUUUAUGAUCAUGUAAUUCAGAUGUUAGUGGUGCAUGUUAAUGUAGGCCAUAUACACAUGCAAUAGACAACAGGUUUGAGUGCAGUAUCUGUUUUUUUUCCAUGGAUGUAUUGCAAGAUGAGUAAGUUGGCAAUGCAUUUGCUGUGAAGAAUUAUGUUUUGUACAAAAGUGAAAUAAAGCUGUAGACAACAA